AUGGAAUCAACAGCAGCAGCCGUAUCAUACGACGUUAGUUUUGAAAUGAAGAAGCAUUUCACUCCUCCUGAAAUCACUGAAUUGCAACAUGCCUUCAAGCUUUAUGAUGCAGACAAAAAUGGAACUAUGAAUGCCCAAGAGUUUAGAUAGGUAUUAAUCGAUCUCGGUAAGAGAGAUGUAACUGAUGAUCAAGUCAAUGAGAUGCUUAAAUAAGUUGACAGAAAUAAUGAUAAUGUUAUCCAAUGGGAUGAGUUCCUAAAUAUGUUCAAGGGAUUAAAGUCUACAAACAAAGAUCUUUUCAAGCAAGUUCUCACUACCAAGGCUGGAGAAGUCGAGUAAACCACCUCUGAGCAUGGAGGCACUCACUCAUAUCUAGUUGAGGAGAAAAUUUGCUUCACUAAGCUCAUUAAUUAUAUUCUCGAGAAAGAUUAGGACGUGGCUGGUAUCAUACCAAUCAACCCAGAGAAUGAUGAUGUCUUCAGUGCCCUUGAGGAUGGAGUUGUCUUGUCUAAGUUGAUCAACUGUGCUGCUGAGAAUACUAUUGAUCUCAGAGCACUUAACAUGAAGAAAAAUCUCAAUGUCUAUCAAGUUAAGGAAAAUCUUAACUUAGCUCUAAAUGCCUCAAAAGGUAUUGGUCUUAGAAUUCCAGGUAUUAACCCACAAGCCUUUAUUGAGAAAAAGCCUCACUUGAUCCUUGCUAUCAUAUGGCAAGUAAUGAGACUCUAUCUUACCAAAUCUAUUGAUCUUAAGAACUGCCCUGAGAUUAUGAGACUUGCUGAGGAGGGAGAGGAAUUAACAGAUUUGAUUAAGCUUCCACCUGAAACCAUUCUCAUCAGAUGGAUCAACUUUCACUUGAAAAAAUCAGGUGUUGAAAGAAGGAUUACAGAUCUAGGAGGAGAUCUUAAGGAUUCAAUCGCCCUAACUUACGUCCUCAAUAGACUAGACCCAGCCAAAUGCUCAUUAGAGGGACUUUAAGAGGAAGAUUUGAUCAAGAGAGCUGAACUCAUGAUUAACAACUCAAUCUCAAUAGGAGUACCACCUCUUGUUAGACCAAGCGAUAUCACUACUGGUAACGUUAAGAUUAACAUUGUCUUCGUUGCUGAGCUUUUCAAUACCAAGCACGGACUUGAAGAACUUACACAAGAAGAAAUUGCUAAGAUCGGUAUCAUUAAUGAUGAUAUUGAGGGUUCAAGAGACGAGAGAGCUUUCCGUUUCUGGAUAAACUCUCUAAACAUUGAGGAUCUUUAUAUCAAUAAUCUUUACUCUGAGUGUGGUGAUGGUCUUGUCCUCUUGAAAGUUAUCCACAAGCUUAAUGAUCAAGUUGUUGAUUGGAAAAAGGUUGACAAAAACCCCAACAAUAAGUUUAAGCAAGGUAUCAACUGUGGUGUUGCCAUCGACGCUUGCAAGAAACUUGGACUCAAGGUACCAGGUAUUAGUGGAAAUGAUCUCCUUGAAGGUAACAAGAAGCAAAUCAUUGCAGUUGUCUGGUAGCUCGUAAGACUUCAUUACUUACAAAUUAUCGGUUCUCAAACUGAAGAUGACCUUGUUAAAUGGGCUAACUAAUUGAACACUGAAAUCCAGAUCAAGAGCUUCAAGGAUAAGGCUCUCUCUGACGGCCACUUCUUACUUAGAAUUUGCGAGGCAAUUGAGCCAAGAGCAUUCGACUGGGAAAUCGUUAUGAAAGGAGAGAAUGAUGAGGAGCAAGAGAACAAUGCAAAGUAUAUUUUGUCAAUCGCAAGAAAACUUGGAGCUGUUAUCUUCUGUGUCUGGGAAGAUAUCCCUAAAGUCAACUUCAAAAUGAUCUUGGUCCUUGUUUGCAGCUUGUUUGAAUUAUUUGAGGAGAAAAGGAAGAGAGAUGAAAACCAGUGA